UGGAAGCAAACCAGAGUUGCCAGACGAGUUUCUACCGAGGUAGGACGAGCUCACUUUCGAGUCUCUCUUUCUCUCCGACGAGAGGCUCCGUCCGCUUCGUUCAUCUCUGUAUACAUACGAAGAAGAUUAUUUUGCACAAGACAUAGCAGUGAUAGAAGUGUAGUGUACAGAACAAAUUGACGUUUAGUCAUUUAUUCAUAAAAAUAUGAUUGGUACCGAGUUGUUUACUUCGUCAGAGUAGUUCGCAGAGGUAUCAGCUUUGAUACUUAUUGCAGAUCAAUGGUGUGGAAUAAAAAGUGAAGUUUAUGAGAGAAACAAGUACGUAUUAUUGAGAAAAAGGUGAAUGAGGAGUUUGACAAUGCGUUAGAAAUUAAUAAACUGUGAAUAUACGUGGAAUUCGAUGACAGUGAAAUAGAGAAGCGAAACAAGAAGUUGCUACACCUGCCACACUGGGUUUCGUGGCGCCACUCACGUGUUGCAUGCGUGCCGUGGUUAUCCAUCAUGGUCGCGGACUAGGAACAGCUCCGAUUGGUCGGUUUUGUGGUCACGUGGUAUGGUAAUUGGGCUCCGGUGGGCGGGAAGGAGCGAACGAGGUCGUGGAGGAUCGCGAAAGUGGCGGAAGGAGAGGAGAGAAUAAGCAGCUGUCCACCGGGAGUCCUGUGCUCGUUGUAGCCCCGCUCUUUCCAUUUCUUUUCUCUUUUCCUCCCUCUCCUUCUUUCUCUUUUUUUCCUCCUUUCGAGAAAACGUCACCCCUUUUCGCAAGAGGCGGCAAGGUGUGGACGAUGGACCACAGCGCAGUGCGGUGCAGUGUAAGCUUGUGAGAAUGAUGAAUAUUAAUAUGAAAUGGUGCAUCAAAUCGGCGAACUGAUGCGGAGGGUCAGAUAAGAGGGUAAAAUCGCGAAGUGCAGUCGUUUAAGAUUCAUCUGGACUAUCGUGCGUGCGUGUGUGUGUGUGUUUUUCGCAAGAAAGUGCUCCACAAACAUGAGUUCCUUCCUGAUGAAUCCAUCCGCCGCCGGUGGAUAUCAUCACCAUCAUCAGCAUCAGCAACAGGCUGGAAAUCAUCAUUUAGCCACCACUUCCGUUAUGGUUGACCCGAAGUUUCCCCCCAGCGAAGAAUAUAGCCAGAAUAAUUAUAUACCUUCGACUGGCGCAGACUUUUUCUCGAGUGGUAGUAGCAGUCACCACUUGAGCCAUCCGCAAUCUCAACUACAGUACGGCUAUCAUCAGCAUCAUCAUCAGGCAGCGUCAACUCCUUAUGGUGCUUCCUCGGCGGUACAAUUAAAUGGAGGAUACGCGAGCUACGGAGGAUAUUACGGCCCUCAUCACCCUCAUCACCAAGUGCACGCGGUGCAUCAUCCAAGUCUACAUCCUCAUCAUCACGCGGUGGGUGCUUUAGCGAUGCCGCCGGAAGCCCAGCAGCCGCCGCUCACGUGUCCGUCGUCGAUACAAAGUCAACAGCAGCAACAGCAGCAACCGCAACACCAACAACCAUCCGUACCUACGUCAACUAUUCUUGGAUCCACGCCUCUGUCCCCGUCUAUAAUGCAGAAUCAUGUGCAACAGCCAGAUACUCUUCAGCAUCAUCAACAACAUGAGAACAAUGCCUGCAGUCCGGCCGGCUCGGGUCAGUUGCACCGAGAUAAUUCGCCCGAUCUUCAGACGCAACAGUCAUUGUCUCAGCCAUCUCAACAUAUACAGGGUGGUCAACAACAGACCCCGCAACAACAACAACAGCAUCAUGUAGAUGAUAGCUCGGAUCCAGAUGACAUGUCAGGAGACGGUCAGGAGGGUUCACCGGGUAUGAUGGAGGAAGAAGAAGAUGAUGAUGAGACCAGAGAACGCACUAUUUACCCAUGGAUGAAGAAGAUUCAUGUUGCGGGCGUCGCUAACGGUUCGUACACACCUGGAAUGGAGCCAAAGCGACAGAGAACUGCCUAUACGAGGCAUCAGAUACUCGAACUGGAAAAGGAAUUCCACUUCAAUAGGUACCUGACGAGACGACGACGAAUCGAGAUCGCUCACAAUUUGGUCCUGUCGGAGCGACAGAUCAAAAUCUGGUUUCAGAACCGGCGUAUGAAAUGGAAGAAAGACAACAAGCUGCCAAACACGAAGAACGUGCGCAGGAAGAACGCGAACGGCCAGGCACCGCCAGCAACGAAGCCGUCGAAGACCUCGACGACACGGGCAAAGUCCGGCACGGGUAACAAUAACAGCCAAAGGAAAAACAAUAAUUCGCCCUCCAGCGGGAUGGAGAACAGCCUGGACUCAAACAUCGGUCACGAUAUGGGCGAAGUUCAUGGGGUCAGCACCGCUCUUCCUCCUCCCGUGGUUCAUCCAAGCUUUCAAGGUCACCCUCAUUCUCUGGCUCAAAUCCAAGCGCAGCUGACUCAUCAUCACGUGGGUGGAAUGAUGGACGGUCCGACGGGAGGACCGUUGGGACACAUAAGUUCCGGAAGUAUCAGUCCGCUCGCUCCGGCUACUAGCCCUCCUGGAUUGUCGCAAGUAUCAGCUCCUGUACCGCCAUUGGCGAUAAAAUCCGAUUACGGACUGACGUCUCUGUAACAUCCAUUCCGGGAAAUGUAUUCGAUGAUGUACACUUUCGAUACUACAUAGCUCCUUUUCGCUGUUUCUUGUGUUCGAUCGGACAUUUAUUGCAAACUGUAUAAACUGUAGGUUGAAUUCUUCUCAUUGCGACAUUGGACGAGAAGAGUGAUCAGACGUUAUUAUUUUUAUAUAUGUACGGAUUAUUACUGCAAUGAUAUUAACUUUGAUCGAAAUUGGCAAGUUCAAAAUGAUCAAAAUUAAAAGUUUGGUAAGGCUAUUUGGACGAGAAAUAUAAAAUAAUGACGUUCGAUUUUCUUUGUUUAACGUUACAACGAGAACAAUUUCUUUGAUUUUGUGGAAGCUAGAGUUGAAAGACUCAUUGUAGCUGAAUAUAAAAGGAAACAUAACUCUACAGUAAAAGAAAACAAGUAAUAAUGCCCGGAUGAACUACAGAACAUUUGUUAGAUCAUGAAAAUUUAUUUAUCAAAAUUACAAAAAAAAAGUUUACUCUUCCGAAACA